AGCUAUAUAAAUGCGCUGUGUGUUUAAACUAUCGCUCACUUCUGCUCUCGUUCAAAAUGGAUGUGCGCUCUGUGCUGCCCUGCCUCUGUGGCCUGCUGCUGCUGAUGGCCUCUGCUCACACUCAGGCUCCUAAACACUGUGAGUCACCACCAAUGAUGUCGGGCUCAUUCAGUGUGAUGGAAACCAAUGGACUUUUCAACUCAUAUGGAAAGAUCUCUUACGAUAACUUUGGGCAGAAGGCUCUUAUUAAACAUGCUGGUUCUAAUAACGGCACUAAUUUUAACAUGGAGGUGCUUAUGCUUUUCAGAGAGAAAGUGUACUAUGAAAUCAACUGGAGCAAAUUCUCCUGCAAGAAGAAGGCUCUGGAUGACGCCUUUGUUCCUAUGCAAGUGCCCUCUGACGCCAAACUGAUGGGACAGGCCAUUCUGGGCUCGUCCUCGUCCUGGGGCAUGGGGGUCCUGGUCAACACGUGGUUUGGAUCUCUGCCCGAAAAUGGCACUUACUCAACUGUUUUCACUGAAGUUGGUUGCAUUCCUCUGACCUACUCUACCUACAGCCCCAAAUCUGGAUUCAACACCAUCAGCACUUUCAACUGGGUGAUUGGCAACGUUGACCCCAUGGAGUACAUCCCCCCAUCUAUCUGUCCCAAACUCAAAGCGGAUGAGACAGAGGCGCCGAGCAACUUCUUCAAGGUUUUAAAAGAUUUUGCUCAGAAUGUCAAAGAUGAGGAGUCCAUGCAGGAUUAUUAA